CAAAUCGGAAAUCCCCUUUUCACACCGCAUCUUCCUCUUUGACCUACUCCUCCUACGGCUUCUCGCUCUUCGUCUUCCUUGCUGCCUUUUCCAUCGAAUUUACAGGAGUCCGGCACUCGUCGAUCGACGGCGAUGGAAAACCACAGAGCGGCGGAUGGGGCGGCGCUCCAGAUCUUCGCGCGGCUUCUCGACGGGAAGACGGCUACCCUGCGAUUCGCAGCGCCGGAAGCUUGUACUCGCGAAAUCAAGCGGCGGAUCUUCGAGAUCACCAGAAUCCCUGUUCAAUCUCAGAGGCUUGUCAGCGGCGGCCGGCAGCUCGACGACGAUUCCGUCGUCUCGACGCCGGAGUGCAGCGUCCAGCUCUUGCUCGGCCUCCGCGGCGGGAAGGGAGGUUUCGGCUCGCUUCUCCGUGGCGCCGCCACCAAGGCGGGGCAGAAGAAGACGAACAAUUUCGACGCAUGCAGGGAUAUGAGCGGCCGAAGGUUGCGCCAUGUGAAUGCGGAGAAGAGGUUGGAGGAGUGGAAAGCCGGGGAGGCGGAGAGGAGGUUGGAGAAGGUCGCUGACGACUUUCUGAAGAAGAAUGCGAAGAAGCACAAGGGGGCGAAGGGGUCCGGUGAUGGAGAAGCGGCGAAGUAUGUGGCGAAAUACAGAGAGGAUUCGGCUAAGUGCGUGGCAGAGGUUGAGGAUGCCGUGAGGGAGGCUUUUAGUAAUGGAAGUGGGAAACGGAGGGGGAAGUUCCCCAUGAAUGCUUCUGACGCCAAGAGGUUGAAGAAUUGGGUUGGGGAAGGAGAAGUUGGGCGGAAGUGAUUCUGAAGACACAGAAGAUGAUAGUGAUAGUGACGGCGAGGGCGAGGGAACUGAGAAAUCCGUCAUUCUUAGUGGUGGGACUAAUUCAGAUCCGAAUUCGGACUCUGUUUCUGAUGGGAAACAAACUGGAGAAUGUUCCACUGCUGCUUCCAGUGAGAGUGGUUCGGAGGAGGUAGAGAAAGAGGUUGCUGAAGGGCGCAACAGUAAGCCAAGUUCUGCAAGAGAGGUUAUCAAUGACGAGAUGGACAUGGUAGCCGAACCCGAGACUUGCUUGGAACUACCAGAACAUAGUGCCACUGUCACUUGCUUGGAAGUUGCUGCAGCCCCUGAACCUGAUAAAACAACAAUGGAAACUCAAGAGAUCCCCGGUUCCAAGAGUGUGGAAGUUACAGCUGUCAACCCAGUUAUUGGUGUGGGGAAUGGUCCAGUAGACUUGAAAGCUGAUGCGGAGGAAGAAAACGUAGUUGCAGAGACCAGCAAUGUUGAUUCGGAGAAGCAGCUCAACUUUGAAGAGGUCAAUUCACCUAAUGAUUUGGAGGUUCUUGGAUUGGAGAAGCUGAAGAAGGAACUGCAGGCCCGUGGCCUGAAAUGUGGAGGCACUCUUCAAGAGCGAGCCGCAAGGCUUUUCCUCCUCAAAUCGACCCCUCUAGACAAACUACCCAAGAAGCUGCUCGCCAAGAAAUGAACGCUAAUAAUGUUUGUUACUUCGCCGAGGAACAAAGGAAAGCUAACAUUGAAAGAGCUAGAAGUGAGAACUGUGUGCUGCUUUGAUGAAUGGAGUAUGGAAGGAAACGUUUAGCAAGAUCAACGGUCGAACACAUGGUAGAGCUGGCUUUGGCAAAGAUCGGAAAACAAAAGAAACGCUGCAGUUUGGCGCGAAGUACUGGAUUCUCGGUUAAACCGAAACCAAAACUGAAUUAAACCAUUUUGGCUACCAAAGCCGUCGAGUAUUUAAGAAAGAAAAAAACGGUUUUGGGUAUUGGACUAUUGGUGGUUAUUUGGGUUGUAGCUUUGUAGGUAAACAGGUACCAAGAUCAUUGUUUAUUGAACUCGAAUUGAAAUCGUUCAAUGCAACUCGGGAAUAACAAUUAGGGUUGCGCAGUGGUUGAGAAUCGUCAGUUUUCUUUUGGUUUGAUUGAGUUCAGUUAUUGAUUUGAUAUCCUUUCCCCUUAGAAAAUUUAUGGAUGUGGAUCGAACAAUAGUAUAUUAGUAUAUUCAGA